AUCAAGUUGUAAGAUUUAAUUGUAAUAUUUAGCCGUUUUGAUGGAUUAAUUUUAUAUGAUAAAUUAUUAUUUAAUAUUGGUGUCAAUUUGAAAGACGUUUUAGGUCGACUUCAUACGAAUUAUAUUUUAUCCUUGUGAAAUAAUUAUAAUUUGUUAUCAGAUUUAUGUGAUACGGAUACAUCCGUGAAAAAUGAAAUCGUUUAAAGUAGCGUUGAUACUAUUUCGUUUAAUUGUUAUAUCAGGCAGUCAAGGUAGUAAUCGGACAGACCGAUUGAAGGACAAUGCCAAAAUAAAUCUGUCGGAUGUAACAACGAACUCUGUUAUAACACUAUUGCAUUUGGAAGAGGAAAAAACAAAGAAUACGAACAAACCUACAUUGGUGCAGACACUAAAUUAUAUAACUGAUAGCAUGAGUAAGGUUUACAUGGGGGAGGUUAAAGUUCAUAAUGAAGCAGGUGGAUUGACUUUACGGGAAAAAUUUGAUAAUGGAAUUUUUCAAGUUAGAUGUUCACAUUCUGGCUUUUAUGAUACGUUAAAAAAUACAAAGCCAAAAUAUACACACAGGAAGAAAAGUACAAAGGAAUGUGACAAUACUGCGAAGGAGCAAUGUUAUUCAAUUAUGACUGCAACAAAACAAGUUAACAUUUUAAAUGUGUGCCGACAACAUUUUAAAGGAUUAUCUGUCGUAUGUUUCCGAAACUAUCUAACAAGUUGUGCAUUCCCAUUUGAUAUAAAUGUUAAUGUAAAUGAGAUGUUUUCUCAAAAAGCAGCAAAUACAGCUGUGAAAAGAAAUAUAACGGCUGUGACAAUUGAAGGAAAGCGUAAGAAAUUAAUCCUGACAGUAUCAUCUCCAAACUUUUAUCAAACAUCAUCACAGUGUAUGUUGACAUUUCAAGUAUAUGGUGACUUCGACUAUGAAGUAUUGAUGAUUCUUAAUAAUGAGACGACAGUACUUUCAAAAGGCUAUGAUAUGAGGGACAGUGUUAUCCAACAAAAAAUUGGUUACAUGGUAACACGAUUCCGGAUUUUAAUCAGACUUAAAAUAAGUGGUAGCCAAAUGAAAACAAAUGCUCUCAACUUAACUGAAACAAUGAUGAAUAAUUGUUCCCAGGAUUAUAAAAGAAGAUUAGCGGAAGACAUAAAUAUGAAAUACAGGGGAUGUAGCUUUGAAGAUGGGUUAUGUCCAUGGAUAAAUACAACAACCAGUGACGAAAGCUGUGAAUUCAACGUUGUAAAUGGUCUAUAUGUAGCAGAAACAAGAAUAAGAGCUCUAGCUGACAAUAGUCUCAAUUCUUUUGUAGGACACUUUCUUUAUGUUCAUGGUUGGACUAUUUGUGAAAGAAGAAGUGCUUCUUUUAAUUCAGUAGUAAUGAAUUAUGUGGCAGGUGUUAUACAUAAUACUUGUAAAGUACAAUUUGCUGUCAUUGGAACAUUACUGUUGAAACUGGCGCUGAUAUUGCCGUUAACAGGAGAAAGAAUACAUAUUUGGAACCAAAGCUUGACAAUAAAAUAUUGGACCACCAUCUCAGUUCAAAUCCCGGCUACAGAAAAAUCUAUAUUUUAUUUACAGUUUGAGACUGUAAGGUCUAUUGAUCUAUAUAAGGACUAUAUUGCUAUCGAUGAUGUAUCAUUUUCUCAAGGAUGUACCUUUGUAGAUUCAUCUAGCGUCGAUAUGAUAGAGGUUAAAGAAAACAGUGAUGCAUUGUCCCUGGAAGUAAUUAUCCCCGUGUUUGUGGGUGUAGCAUUUACCACGUUGGUUUUAAUUACAAUAACAGGCAUGUAUUGA